AUGUCCGGUAUAAUCGGCGCACAGAACCGCUUCGGCCGGGACUUCAACAACCCCGACGCCGCAAUGCAGGGCAACAUCACCGCGGUGUAUGAUAUCGGCUGCGUGGUAAGCUCGAUAGUCUGCUACUUCAUCGGGGAGCGGUUCGGACGACGCACGAUGCUCAUGGCCGGCGGGGCGAUCAUGGUGAUAGGGACGGUGAUCCUCGGGUCGUCGUACACGAUUGCGCAGCUUAUUGCCGGAAGGAUCAUCACGGGGUUCGGGAACGGGAUGAACUCGUCGACGGCGCCGGUGUACCAGAGCGAAUGCUCGCCGGCGGGGAUCCGGGGGGCGCUGCUGACGCUCCAGGGGACGGUUACGAUUCUGGGAGUGGUGAUUGCCAAUUGGAUGGACUACGGAACCAGCUUCACCGAGUCCUCGUUCCAAUGGCGCUUCCCCCUCUCCUUCCAGUCCGUCUUCGCCGUCUGCCUCAUCCUCCAGAUCAUCGGCCUCCCCGAGACCCCCCGCUGGCUAGUCCAGCACGACCGGCACGAGGAGGCGCGCGCCGUUAUCGCCACGAUAGAAGACAAGCCGCUCGCCGAUGAGACCGUCAGCAGAACCCUCCUCGACAUUCAAACCGGCCUCGAGGGAGAACAGCGCGGCGGCCCCUUCAAGUUCGCCGAGCUCUUCACCUGCGGCGAGACACAGAACCUCCGCCGCCUGCUCCUCACCAUCUCCAUCGAGCUGGGCCAGCAGUUCACCGGCUCCAACAUGAUUAACUACUACGCCCCCGUCCUCUUCCAGGAGAACAUGCACAUGAGCCGCAACCUGGCGCUCGUGCUCAGGGCGCCGCGCAGUGCACCUAUCUCGUCGGCAGUGCCAUCCCCGUUCUCCUGA